ACCUCCGCUAACGCUGACGUCGACUUGUGUAGCAAAAUGGCGGCGUUUACAACAGUAGGGCAGGCGGACCGGUUCGGUUCUUUAUUAUCUAAAAAGCGAACCGGAAUGAAGACGACAAGAUGCAGGACGCUUUUGGACUGCAGUGUCCUCGUGCUGCUUUCGUUAGCCUCCAUGCUGCACUGCGCGAAGGCUGACGGGAAAACCCUGGUGCUGCUGGACAACCUCAACAUCAAAGACACCCAUUCAAUCUUCUUCCGCAGUCUGGCAGAUCGUGGAUUUGACCUCACAUUCAAGACCGCUGACGACCCCUCUCUGUCCUUGAUCAAAUAUGGGCAGUUCCUCUACGACCAUCUAAUAAUCUUUGCACCGUCAGUCGAAGACUUUGGUGGAAAUAUAAACUUGGAGACAAUAACAUCCUUCAUUGAUGGUGGAGGCAACGUCCUGGUCGCUGCAAGUUCAGAUAUUGGGGACCCUCUGAGGGAGCUGGGUAGUGAGUGUGGCAUUGAGUUUGAUGAGGAAAAAACGGCUGUUAUUGACCACCACAACUAUGAUGUUUCUGAUCCUGGCGAGGUAAACAGCUUGGUCUUCACAGUAUUUAUAUUGACGUUGCUCCAAUCUCGAGGUUUGACUCUCUUAUUUUCUGGUUAUCAUGCAUGUUUGCAGCACACCCUGAUUGUUGCCGACCCAGAGAACCUGCUUAAAGCUGCCACAAUUGUUGGCAAACCAACCGGCAAGCCUGUUCUAUUUAAGGGUGUUGGCAUGGUUGCUGACCCAGACAACCCACUCGUCCUCGACAUUCUCACUGGUUCUUCAACCUCCUACUCCUAUUUCCCUGACAGACCCAUUUCUCAGUACCCCCAUGCUGUGGGGAAGAACACCCUGCUGAUCGCCGGGCUGCAGGCCAGAAACAAUGCCAGAGUGGUGUUCAGCGGCUCCCUGGACUUCUUCAGCGACGCCUUCUUCAACUCUGCAGUGCAGAAAUCAAGACCAGGCUCUCAGAGGCACGAGCAAACGGGGAACAUGGAGCUGGCCGUGUCUCUGUCCCGCUGGGUGUUUAAGGAGGCGGGAGUGCUUAGAGUGGGAGCCGUUACCCAUCAUCCUGUGGGAGAGAUGGCUCCUCCUGCAGCGUACACAGUUACUGACCUCGUGGAAUACAGCAUCGUCAUCGAGAUGUUGUCCGAGGGCCGCUGGGUCCCCUUCGACGGUGACGAUAUUCAGCUUGAGUUUGUGAGGAUCGACCCCUUUGUCAGAACUUAUCUCAAGAAAAAUGGAGGUAAAUACAGCGUUCAGUUCAAGUUGCCCGACGUGUACGGAGUCUUCCAGUUCAAGGUGGACUACAACCGACUGGGAUACACACAUCUCUACUCAUCCACUCAGGUUUCGGUCCGGCCCCUUCAGCACACUCAGUACGAGCGCUUCAUUCCCUCAGCCUUUCCGUACUACGCCAGCACCUUCUCCAUGAUGACAGGACUUUUCGUCUUCAGUGUAGUCUUCCUGCACAUGAGGGAGAAGGAGAAGUCCGACUAAAGCAAAGACGACAAAAAGUGUGAAAUUUUAAAUUGCGAGGGGAAGAAUUGAAACUGAACGUCCUUAUGGCUCAAAGGUGUCAUUCUGAGAUUUUGACUGUUCAUAUUUUGUUUAAGGGCAUGUGGCUGGUGUGUGUGUCUAAGGGGUGCUGGCUGCAAUUUAAUGCAGUAGUUUUUCUUUUUUUUUAAAGAUGCAUCUUAAAAUCUCCCAAAGCCCCAUUUGUUGUGAAGUCAGUCCGCUUAUGUAUAAACGUUGCUCCACAUUUGGCUAAAAUAUAAGAAAAAGCAGUUGUAAAUCACUUAAAUUUAAUCUACUUUCUUCUCAGAAAGUGCACUGAAAAUGCCAACAAUUCUUUGUUUUUGAAAAAAAARAAAUCUUUUGAAAACGCUGCGGGCCUCUUUGAAAUAAAAUAAACCACAUUCCACUUGA